AUGAAGUUUUUAUUGGCGAUUGUCUUUCUGAUUUUAAUAUCCUUGUGGGUUGAAGAAGCCUAUUCUAAAGAGAAAUCUUCCAAGAAAGGGAAGGGGAAAAAGAAGCAGUAUCUAUGCCCAUCCCAGCAGUCAGCAGAGGAUCUUGCCCGAGUACCUGCCAAUUCCACUAGCAAUAUCUUGAAUAGGCUAUUGGUCAGCUAUGAUCCCAGGAUAAGACCAAAUUUCAAAGGCAUUCCCGUUGAUGUAGUAGUCAACAUUUUUAUCAACAGUUUUGGAUCCAUUCAAGAGACAACAAUGGACUACAGAGUUAACAUUUUCCUGAGACAAAAAUGGAAUGAUCCCAGGCUGAAGCUGCCUAGUGAUUUUCGGGGCUCAGAUGCACUGACAGUGGAUCCUACAAUGUACAAGUGUCUGUGGAAACCUGAUUUAUUUUUUGCAAAUGAAAAAAGUGCCAAUUUUCAUGAUGUGACCCAGGAAAACAUCCUUCUCUUUAUAUUUCGGGAUGGAGAUGUCCUUGUCAGCAUGAGGUUAUCUAUUACUCUUUCCUGCCCUUUGGACUUGACCUUGUUCCCCAUGGAUACACAACGUUGCAAGAUGCAACUUGAGAGCUUUGGUUACACAACUGAUGAUUUACGAUUUAUCUGGCAAUCAGGGGACCCUGUGCAGUUAGAGAAAAUUGCCUUGCCUCAAUUUGAUAUUAAAAAGGAGGAUAUUGAAUAUGGUAACUGUACCAAAUACUAUAAAGGCACUGGGUACUACACCUGUGUGGAAGUCAUCUUCACCCUGCGGAGACAGGUCGGGUUUUACAUGAUGGGCGUCUACGCCCCCACCCUGCUCAUCGUGGUUCUCUCCUGGCUUUCCUUCUGGAUCAACCCGGACGCCAGCGCGGCCAGAGUGCCCCUGGGUAUCUUCUCAGUACUCAGCUUGGCCUCCGAGUGCACAACCCUUGCUGCAGAACUUCCCAAAGUGUCCUACGUGAAGGCUCUUGACGUGUGGCUCAUUGCGUGUCUUCUCUUUGGGUUUGCUUCUCUGGUGGAGUACGCUGUCGUCCAGGUGAUGCUGAAUAACCCCAAACGAGUCGAAGCAGAAAAAGCCAGAAUUGCUAAGGCUGAGCAAGCAGAUGGAAAAGGUGGAAAUGCAGCUAAAAAGAAUACUGUGAAUGGUACAGGGACUCCUGUUCACAUCAGCACUUUGCAGGUUGGAGAGACCAGAUGCAAAAAGGUUUGUACUUCGAAGUCGGAUCUGAGGUCUAAUGACUUCAGCAUCGUCGGAAGCUUGCCGAGAGAUUUUGAAUUAUCUAAUUAUGACUGCUAUGGAAAACCUAUCGAGGUCAACAGCGGACUAGGGAAAUCUCAGGCGAAGAACAACAAGAAGCCUCCGCCCGCCAAGCCCAUUAUUCCAACCGCAGCAAAGCGAAUUGAUCUUUAUGCAAGAGCAUUGUUUCCUUUCUGCUUCUUAUUCUUCAAUGUUAUAUAUUGGUCUAUAUAUUUAUGAUGAAUCUUUCCCAUUUGUAUAAAAUAAAAUCCCAUGUUAUUGUGAACAACCUCAUUCAUAAUGCCAAUCUGAAAAUUUUUGCACUUUCAUAGCAAUGUAUUGCAUUUUGGAUGCCAUUUGAUUGUAAUAAAAAUGUGGCACUUUAAUUUUGAAUGGCAGCAUGAUCUUGUAUUGUCUCUGCUCUAAUAAUGAUGUAUAUAUGUAUAACAAACAUACUGCUUUAAGAACAAUGAAGGAUAAGCAUACCACAUAAAAGAAAAAAUCCAAACCAUUAUCUUCAGUUAGUGUAAAUUGAAAAUACUUCAGAUAAUUCUGAUAAUAAAAUGAUGUGCACGCUAAAUCCUGUUAUGAUCACCAUUCUAAUGUAUGUAGUAUUUUAAAUUUCCUUCCUUGUAACCUUCAGAGAAAGCCAUCUUAUUCUUGUAUAAUUUUAGAUGGUAUUAUCACAGAUUAAGAAAAUUAUAUUACACAUUGUUUAAAGUUUAUAAGUAGAAAUAUAUCAGCUAUAAAUAUGUGGACUCUGUGAAGAAAUAAAGUUGAAAAAAUUGCUAAUUUGUAAAAUCAGCUCAUUCUAAAGUGUGCCUGUGUUGUCAAAUGCUGGGUAGUAAUAUAUAGUAAGCAUUUUUGAAACAAAGGGAAAUCUAUAUUUACAUAAAUUCAUACUGAAUUGUAGAUUCUGAUAAAAAUAAAAGAUGAAUAUAUUGAUUAAAUAUUUCUGAUAAAUUCUAUUUAAUCCACCUUAAAA